AUGGCUCCUCCACCCCCCGGGAAAGAUUUGGCUGACUACACAGCGAAUGCGGGGAAUGGCGGUCGAGCCGCCCAGCGGCGAGAGCAGCGGAACGAAAACGGGCCCAUGGCCGUGAUGGCGCCAGACGUCUACACGGCUGCGUUCAUCCUCAUUGUAGUCCUCCUCAAUCUUUACCAAAGCAAAGCGUUGCAUGAUAUCCCAUCGCUGUCAAUCGUCGCGUGUUUCAGGCAUCUCUGUGUUGCUGCCGUUGCUGAGCGCACCGUACUAUACGGGUAUCUGAAGCUUCCAAAGAAUAUGGUUAUGUGCACAAGCCAAUUUGUGCACAUUUUGAUCAGUGAAAGUGACAUAAUCGCGGAUAAGUUCCGCUCUAACACAGCGCUGGCACAUCACAAAUUCGACCCCGCACUUGGCGUUAUUGCACCAUUCCUCCAUUUCUGCAUUCUGUUUCGCGGCUCUCUUGUCUCAGCCAUGGCCCGCCCCCGCCGGAUUGCGUUAUCUCAGCCGUCCGCAUUUCUCCUUUUCCUACUUGUGGCCGCGUUUUUUGCCUGCGUCGAUGCGCGCAUUCGCAUCCCGCGCUUCCCGGCUUCGUUCCAUCGGCAGCAGAAAAGCCGGGCGAACGCACGCAAAGCGAAUAGCGUUGAUGUUUAUAACGAACCGGCCACGCCAGGAGCUUCAGCUCGCGGCGGUUACGCCUGGAACGCCUCUUAUUUCACACAGAAUCUCGACCAUUUCUCGUUCACCCAGUCUAGUUACGCCACGUGGCAGCAGAAGUACAUCUGGUGGGACGGCGCGUGGGGCGGCGCGGAGAGCGGCGCGCCGAUCUUCGUGUAUUGCGGCAACGAGGGGCCGAUCCAAUGGUUCAUGGACAACGCGGGGUGGAUCCGCGAGAUCGCCGUCGAAUUCGGCGCGCUUGUCGUGGGACCCGAGCACCGGUACUAUGGCGAGUCCAUGCCGUUCGGCACGGAGAAAGAAUCCUUCAGCAACGCGUCCACUCGCGCCUUCCUCACCACAGAGCAGGCCAUGGCGGACAUGGCGGUGUUCCUCACGGCGCUCAAGGCAAACCUGAGUGCACACGACUCUCCGGUCAUUCUCUUUGGAGGCUCCUACGGCGGAAUGCUGGCAGCGUGGUUUCGCCUCAAGUACCCGCACAUAGCAGCGGGCGCCAUUGCAGCAUCGGCACCCAUCCUGCAAUAUGAAGACAUUGUUCCCAGCGAUACCUUCUACCGCAUAAUAUCGCAUGAUUUCAAGAUCGAGAGCGAGAGCUGUUUCGAGGCGAUCAACAGCAGCUGGGCAGCAAUCAGGGAGCAGGCAGCAGCUGAGGGAGGGCUUACUCGCCUCUCAGAGCAGUUCCGCCUGUGCAGCCCCCUGACCGAUGUGGAAGACUUGAUUCAGUGGCUGGAGACGGCAUACAUCUACAUGGCAAUGGUGGACUACCCCGUGCCCUCCGAUUUCCUCAUGUCACUGCCCGCCCACCCUAUUCGAGAGCUGUGUCGACGCGUUGACAGCCUUCCCCCAGGUGCCGACCUGCUCGAUCGCAUCUAUGCGGGGGUGGGAGUGUAUUACAACUACUCGGGCUCGGAGACGUGCUUCAGCGUGCGCGAUACCGAUCCGCAUGACAUGAGCAAUGGGUGGGACUUCCAGGCAUGCACGGAGCACGUGAUGCCGAUGAGCAGCAGCGCCAGCAACAGCCUGUUUGAGCCCUUUGAGUGGAACCAGACGGCCUUUGAGAAGCACUGCUUGCAGCAAUACGGCGUUGCUCCCAGACCCACUUGGGCUAUGACACAGUUUGGUGGACGGUCCAUCCGUUCAGCCCUGCGCCAUUUCGGCAGCAACAUUGUGUUCUCCCAGGGGGCCCUUGACCCCUGGAGUGGAGGCGGAGUGCUUGAGGACAUAUCAGACACCCUAGUCAGCCUCACCAUUCCUGACGGCGCCCACCACCUGGACCUAAGGGCGUCCACCCCAGACGACCCCCCUUCGGUGCGGAAGCAGAGGAAGGAAGAGAAGAAGCACGUCAGGAAGUGGAUCAAGCAGUGGCACAAGGAUAGGGAAGAGGAGAAGAAGGACAAGGAGCAAGGGAGGAAUGGCCUUCGUUGCAGCUCGCUCUCUUCCUUUAAAGACAUCUCCUCGACCUCCCUCGCUCUCUUCGUCCUCUCUCUCGCCCUCCUCGCUACAUCCGUUGCUGUUUCCCUCUUUGCCACUCAUCGGGCACGACCCAUUGGCACCACCUACUCACCCGCAUUGCACCAUCCGCUCAUGGGUGGGAAGCAGUGA